UGUAUGAUAAGUGAUAACAUUAACAGUGAAAAAAACUGCAUGGACAUUUCAACAUUACGACUAAACGAGUCAAUUUCAUUUCUUUAAUUCUGAUAUUUCUUAAACUUCCAAAUCGAAAAACGAAAAAAUGCCAGUGCCGAGUGGAAGUUUGUACGGAGGUCAAGGUAAACCAUCGUGUUACGACAGAGUAUCCACUUCAUUUAUGAUGGGUGCCACAAUCGGAAUAACUAUUGGAAUUCUAUUUGGUGGUUUAGGAGGCUUGAGGUCAGGGUACAGGGGUCGAGAGCUCGUUGGCAGUAUGGGAAAAACGAUGCUGCAGAGUGGCGGAACAUUUGGCACGUUUAUGGGUGUUGGCGCUGCCCUUAGAUGUUAAUUAAUAACUGUUUAUUUAUUAUUAGAUACUUUUUAAAACUUUAUUUGUGUAAAACUUAAUUUCUGAUACAAACUACAAUAAAUGAUACAUUUUUCUUUAGUAUA